UUUCACACAGGAGGGACUGGAGCAGCAGACAGACUUAUGCCACAUGAUGCUGACCACCACUAAUGGAUCAAGAUAGGAUUUGUGCUGGAUUUGUAAUUUUUGGAUUCCUGUAGCAUUGUGGAUAUGAUAAGCGGUGAAGGGGUAGUGCUGAGCAGUUUUGGUUUAGACAUGCAGGUUCCCCGCAACAAGUUGAGCCAUUUGAGGCUUCGUCCAAACCGAAGUCCAAUGAGUCAUAGCAGGCAUGUAAAGAAGUCACUGGCCAACAAGAAAAAGUCAAGAGAUCCCAGCCCCUCCGAGAUGAGCGUGGAGCCCUGGCCCAGCCCGCAGGACCAGGCCGCCGCUGAACACACGCCGUCCCCGCACGACCAGGACCAGGACCAGGACCAGGAGCAGCACCCCGACAAACUGUGCCUGGACUCCUUCUGGAGUGAGGUGGAGACCAUCCGACAGGGGAGUGGCUACGUAGACCUCGACUCCUGCAGGAGGGAUUCCAGACAAUCAGACGACGGUGAGCAGGAGGAGCAGUGGCUGGCGGAUGCCGGGUUGUCCACGCUUAUCAGUGAGGACAGCGAGGAUGUAGACAAGGCCAUGUUGCUGUCCACCCUGACCCGGACCCAAGCCGAGGCUGUGCAGCGACGACUUGAUUCCUACACGCUGUCCCUCCGCAAGAGGAACAAACCUGCACCUCGUGACGUGCGCGACAUCUUCAACUCCCCCAUUUCUCAGACCCUUGUGCCUGAAUCUCAGCACGGUGACGAACUGGCUCAAAACAGCAUGGCAUCAGUUACCAAAACUCCACUAUCAGCUGUGACCUCAGAACAUCGGAAGCACCCGAAAGGAUCCCUUAAGGAGGAGAUCUUCAUCACCGACAUGGCUUACUGCGAGCAAGCUGCCAUCUUUCUCAAACAGGCCAAACUGCCGCAGAAUAACACCCACCGCAGGAAAGAGGACAGUGCGCUGCCUCGGGUGAUCUGUCCCAAGUGCCGUCUCGGAGUGACUUGUAUCCACGAUCUGUCUCACUCCGACAUGAAGAAGGUUCGUCAAUUGGCGCUCAUCGACAUGACGGCGCUGUGCGACCUUUUAGAGCUGGAGGUCAAAAGGCACAAAACGAGCAAGAGGAAAAUGCCAGACAGUCCACUCUUUGGGGUGCCACUCGCCACACUGCUGGAGAACGACCAGAAAGUCAAAACCAGUGCCACAACCCCUCUGUUCCUGCAGGCGUUGUUGUCCUUUCUGGAGAAAAAAGGUGUGGAUUCUGAAGGGAUCCUGCGGGUUCCAGGAUCUCAGUCCAGAAUCAAGAUACUGCAGCAGAAGAUGGAAUCUAACUUCUACUCGGGGGAGGUGAGCUGGGACAAUGUGAUUCCGAACGAUGCUGCCGCACUGCUGAAGAAGUUCAUCCGGGAGUUGCCUGCACCUCUACUGACCGCCGAGUACCUCAGCAUCUUCAGCGCCGUGAGAGACAUCACAGAGCUGAAACAGAAACUCCACAUGCUGAACCUGCUCAUUCUUCUGCUGCCAGAACCUAACAGGAACACUCUGAAGGCUCUCCUGGAGUUCCUCAGCAAGGUCGUGUCCAGGGAGAAGAGGAACAGGAUGAACCUGUGGGCUGUUUCCACGAUCAUGGCUCCAAAUCUGUUCCUCCAUAAGGCCGUGCCCAGCAGACUGACUGAGGGCACGGAGAAAGGACAGGCGGAGAAGGCAGCAGAUGUUAUGAGGCUGCUUAUCCGUUACCAGGAUCUUCUUUGGACGGUCCCUAAUUUCCUCAUGAACCAGGUGCGUAAGCUGAAUGAAAACAGCAGCCGACGUUACCAGUUUUACGAUCGUCACAUCAAGAACCUGCUGAGGAAAAUCCACACGGACAGCAGAGAUAAACCGGAAAAGAAUACCUCAGAGCCACGCCGUACUGUCAAGGUCCAGGUUGGAGAUCUGGUGAGCAGUUCUAUGGAGUUCCAAGUCAACGUCAACUCUCAGGCCUCAGAUCUGCUCGCCCAGUUUCACCGCCAGUUCCUUGGCACACUUGAAAACGGCAAAGGCAAAGUGCGAAGAAACGGUUCUGUGGCCUACUCCGACUGCGCCAUCUACGAAGUGGGCGGGAACAUCGGUGAGCAUUGUUUGGAUCCCGACACGCACCUCUUGGAUCUGUACAACAUCAACCCCAGCGGAGAGUGGGUCAUCAAGCUGAAGCCAAACACCAGCAGAGGGUCGUGAUGUGGACAGCUCCUGGAGAUGGUUACUAAAGAGUGCAGCUUAAAUCCACAGAGGCCGUUGCGCCUGCUCCUUCUGCUCGUCAUCGAGGACAAUUGAGGCAGAUGGACAAACCAGAACUGGAAAAGUGGACAAUCUGCCCAGAGCCGAGGCCUGAAUAUAGUCCACGUUAAGAUGGAUACUCACUACCGUUCCUUUCUCAUUUCCCUUCUGUUAUUCACUUUGUGUUUAUCUCCGCCUGCGUCUCCUCCAUCAUUCACCUCCUGCGGUACGGCAGUACGGCGGGGCUGCGAAGCUGCAGGUCAGACUGCCUGACGCGCCUCAUUACUCCCAGCAGUGCCAGCGCUUCAGUUUGUCAUCUUCUCUCUCCAGCAUCCAUCUCUUACCAUGAGGGAGCAGAUGGGGAUGCAGAGCAUCUCUGAUGAUAGAGCUGAAGCCCCACCCUCUUUUUCAGGCUGGCCUAAGUUCCACUGCAGGCAGUGCUUCUUGAUCCUGCUCCGUGCAAGCGCAAAUACUGCGUUUAUUCCAUCUGUCCUCGCUCUGCCUGUGUGCAGUCAGUCAAGACAAGAGGCAGUUGAACAUCACAAAACGCCUGAUUUGGUUCAUUAUAAGAGACUAAAGCAGUGAAAGAUGGAAAAUAGGCAGUGUUUUGGAUCCCAGAGCACAGGAAGAAGAACUGCACACCAACUACACUACAGCGAAAUGAUGACAGGUCCAAUUGUUUUGUUUUAAUCAGUUUCCUUUUGAACUGAAACAAAUACUAUUCUGUCCACAUGUUCCUGUAUUUGACUGUAAAUUUUUAGCAUCCUUAAUAAUAUGGAAUUAGAUUUGUGUCACUAGCAUGAAACAAAAUUUGAUUGUAGUAAAAUAUUACUUAAAUUUGGAGAAAUAUUUUUAAAGCAGUGAGUAACCACCCUUUUUUUUAAUUGGAAGCAUAACCUGGGAGCGAACUCCAUGUCCCAUAUACAGAGGAAAUCAAAUAACAGAAUAGACUACACAGACCCUUUAAUGUAACCUCAACAUAAAUUGAUUCUUGGGUGUGUGUUGUACUCAUAAAACAGACAAUUCAGGAAAAAUCAUUUGGUAAUUUGUAUAAUUGCAUUGAAUUGGUUUACUAUUAAAUAGCUUGAUCACAGAGAUAUUCACUGAAACACUUAUUUUGUUUUCUGACACUCGAUUUGGAAAUAUAAACAACCCUCCCAAUCCAUGACAACAAGAAAAACAUUUAUGUGGCAAGUGCUUCCUGAGUGGCCAGGAAUAAUUUUUUUCUUUCAUUUCUUGUUUCCUCCAUUUUAUACCUGAACACAUUUUUAUUGACACAAAUCUAUUUCCAUAGAUCCCUCCAGUGACGCUGUGACAGCUCAUCAAAGGCUAAGACUGAUGGGAGUUGUAGUUUUCAAAUCUGGUAGUAAAACAAUGACUGUUUCCUCUCAGUUAUUGUACCAGACAGUUGUAAUAGUUUUAAACAGAGAACAUUGAAUGUUUUCAGAUAGCCUAAAUAAAGAAAUGUUUACUGUAAAAAGCUGAUGAAAAAGAAGCACCCAGGCCUCCACACUGAUUGACCUGCUUCUUUUCCUCCUCAUCUCUAGAUGAUUUAAUUACAAAUUUUAAAAGUGAUUGUUUCUGUGAAUUGGCUUUUUUUCUACAUCAGUGCCAUUCAAAGGGGGAAAGAGACUUUGAUGAACUAACAUCAUCAGAACCCCUAAAGUACAACAAAACAUUCAACAAAGUGAGCCUGCCUUUCCCUUUUGGCACCAAAGGAUUCAGUGUUGUAACCACAAGGACACAUUAAUAUACCUCUAAAGGGCGUUAAGGACACUUGGUGAAGCUGGUCUUCAGUUCUCUGUUUUCAUUUUUCAACACGAGGGGGGCUGAAAGCACCGAUGGCUGUCCAGGCAUUAUUAUUUAUAUGAAUGUAAAGUGAGUAUCGCUUCUGCAUGGUGAUGAGUGUUGUACAGUUUAGAGUCAUUUUAGUGCCAGUAUCUGAACGGUUGUGUUAAGGCGUUCACACCCAGCAUGGGAACUUGCAGUGUUCUUGUUCGUAUCAGCGAAAGUCAGUAUGCUAUGCCAAACAAGCAGCAAAUGAAUGUUGAUGUUUUGACGGACAGACUCGCUAACUCCUCGGGUUGCAGCCAUGUUGGUAUGCCGCGGCCAUUUUGUGCCGAAGCCUUUUGCACUCUCACCGUCUCGAUCAACGGUGGUAAUGACAACUGCGAGGAAUCGACAUCUGUCACCGCCCUCUGCUCCGACGCUGUCACCUCCCCGUAAUGGACCAUUAUGGCACCGCAAGAAAUCCUGUUCCUCUGAGAAAGCAGAAGGUAAUAAAUGGCCUGUUAUAAAUUCUGCACGGCCCGGACUCAGAGGCGGCGGUGAAAGUGUGUGUGCGUGCAUACGUGUAUGUGUGUGUGCGAUGAGCUUCAUUACACAAGUCCAAUUGGCCUGUCCCAGUGUCCAAGGCACAGUUCAGUGCCUCGGCACAAAGCGAUGCUGAUGAAACCCGCCUUCUGCUGACAAUCAGAAAUAGGUCACCUCUGAAGCAGCGUCUCAGAGGGCGAAGCAGUGAGACACCAAGCACCCCAGAGCAGAGCACGCCAACACGGAUUGUAUAAACACACAUGGCUCCCGUGGACAUGUUGAACAUGAUAUGGAGUCGGGCAGAAACACAAGUUCACACUACGUUGCUUCUUUAUUCACUCUGACUGUUCGAACGUGUGAAGCUUCACACAGCGGGUUCCUCUCAUCCAGUGUUAUCACCACUUUAUCAACAGUCACAUUUUUCUUGCCAUUUUUGUUUGCAUUUGUGCAGCUGUGAACUUUUUGUCUUAAUCUCCUGAGUAUGUUUUGGUGAAGAUGCAGACAGAAUGUAUAUUUAUGCCCUUUAAACAGUACAGCUGUGAACAAACCUUCUGCUUCACUGUAGAUAAGAACAAUUCUGAAACAUCUUUCUGUCAAUAAAUGUGAGCCUAACUUUGCA